AUGGGUGAAAGGACAACAAUGACCCAGAACCCCAACUUUAAGUAUGAAGACUGGGGUCUCACCUUCUGCUCAUUACAAUUCAUUAAAAUAGCCACCAAACACAUGUGGAUGUCGCUAGGACAAGUGGCUUUUGAGGGUGGAGAAGCUCCGGACUCACCUGUGGUCACCAUGGAGGGACAAAAGACAAGUGUCUGCAAGUACCUGAAAGGUAUCACCUGGAGGAUGUCAUGUGUGAUGCAUUGGCGCCUGUGUGCACCUGAACUCUAAAAGUAGUUUUGUUUGUUCGUUUGUUUUUCUUAUCUGCAGGUAACAGACCGCUGAUACUGAGUUUCGGGAGUUGCACCUGACCCCCGUUUAUCUUCAAACUUGAGGAGUUCAAGCAACUCGUCAAGGACUUCAGCGAUAUAGCUGACUUUCUCGUCAUUUAUGUCGCCGAGGCCCAUUCAACAGGUGAGUGAGAGCUGUGACUGCGCCAGGUGAGAUCCUGAAAUCUGUGAGUGGAAGGAAACCAAAGAGGGAAAGGCCACCAAUUUCUCUAAACUGAUUCAUUUGACAGAAUCAAUGUUAAGCCUACAGAUAAACAUAGUAUGUAUUUCCUUUUAGUUGAGUGCAUCUAAUGCAGAUUCAAUAGAUCUGUUAUUCAGGUCAUGGCACUGUACCCAAGUUUUCUUUGACAACAGCUGAAGGCUGGGGGUGUGAGUGGGAGAGAGUGGGCGAGUUGUCUGUAUGUGUAUUUGCAGUGUUUGUUAUGUAAUAUGAUAUUUUUUGUCUCUGCAUGCUUUAUUAAUAUUUUUUUGUAUGUCUAAAGACCUCUUCAAAAUGAGAUGCGUAUCUCAAGAGGUUGACUUUUUAAUAAGUCUAAAAAUUCACCAGGUAAAACAGCCGCCAAAGACUGCAGUCGUGUAGUUAAAGGUUUAGAUGUUAAUGAGAUUACAUCACUGAGUUAUGAAAUGAGUCAACGAUCUUCCUGAGGUUGUCCUGCUGCUUAUGCUAUCAAAUCUAAUCUUUAGUUCACCUCUUAUAAAAGUGCUGUAUGUCUGAUAUCGUGAACUUACAUAACAACUUUAAACCAGGAUUUAUUAUUUGUAAAUUUAACUAAUGCAUUCAGUGUCAUUCUAGUAAAAUCACAUUUUUUUCGUCUCUUUCAGAUGGCUGGGCCUUCACCAACAACUAUGACAUCAACCAGCACCGGAACCUGGAGGACAGGCUGUCUGCAGCUCGAAUCCUGGUUCAGAAGGACCCCCUGUGUCCUGUGGUUGUGGAUGAAAUGGAUAACACCGCUGCCAUAAAGUAUGGUGCUCUGCCUGAGAGGCUUUACGUACUGCAGGACGGGAAGGUUGUCUACAGGGUGAGAGGCUCUGCACAAUUACCGCUCUGUGAUCCUGGUUACUUGCAUGCAAUUGCGUGACUAGAAGUGGCACAAGCAUUGUGUUUGCAGCCACACUAUCUUUUCCGAUGCUAUCAUGUAAGGAGAGGCAGUCACGCAAACAGUCGUAACACUUGAGUACCUGGCAUGACGCCAUGCGCAGGCCAGCCGUACCAUAAAUAUAGACGAGCUACAUAUGACAUGGCAGAGGCAUGUGUCUGAUUUCUGAUAUUUGAUGAAGGUGGAUUAACAUUCUUCCCUCUGUGAUUUUUUAGGGUGAUGUGGGUCCUUGGGGCUACAAUCCUAUGGAGGUGCGUUCACUCCUGGAGAAGAUGAAGUAA